CUGCACCAUAUCGGUUGGGCUGUACACGACGCCGUUCUCACUUGUCGUCUAUAGCGUGGGCUGUGCGACAGGGCGGUCCCGUGGGACAACUGCUACCUUUUAUAGGUACACCCCUGACUUGGAUGUUUUAACAGUUAUGAAAAUUUGAUGAUGCCUUACAAACGGAUAAAUACAAUCUGACGAAUUCUGCAAUUAUGUGCAAGUCGAGAAGCUCAGUUGUGUGGAAUCGAUGAUGUUGGCAACUUGCAUUAUGGUGGAUGUGACAGAUUGUUUCAUGUUAAAGGAUUAACACUCAUAGUGAAUUGUGUUCUGAUGUUAACGCUGUGGAUAUGCCAUGAUGUUGUCAGCAAAGUGAACUGGUGACAAGGCGCAGUUAACAGAAGCUACCUGAAGUCGGCCAGUCCAGACAUCGUGUCCGAGGCGUCUCCCAAAACAUUUUGUACAUUGGACGAAUCACAGAAUCCCAUGUACAGGGCAGAGACGGAACGAUGAUAUGCACGUGUGCAUUUUGCAUUUUGCAUUUUGCAUAUUAUUAACUUACAUACACCACAUGACAUACGCUGAACCAAUGUCCCGGAGGACAGUGCUUCCAAAUGUAUAUUCAUACCAGAAUGGCAAGUGUCAGUGUUAGUGUCUGUAAUGCAUAAGCGUUGGCACAUGUGUACAGAUGUGUAAGGAACAGUGUAACUGUAACAUAGAUAUACCAUAUAAAGGAAAACAAGGAAAACGAGGAUAUUUUCGUAAUUAAUGAACACUAUGAUAAAGGUUGUCAGCAGUAAAAAAAUUGAUGACCGAAGCAGGAAAUACAUCGAUAUCAGUGUAACAGAUAUACCCUAGUAUGUUUGACGGAAAGUCGUUCACAGAAGUUAUAUGAAUUGAUUCCUUGCAGCCUGAUUCUGACUAACAACACUCUACACGCGGGCAUAAUGUCUCACAGCAAUGUCCUCUUUAAUCUUAAUUCAUUCAAAGAACGUAUUUGUUUGGUACUUUGUGAACAGGAUACAUCCACGCCGGGGCGGAUGUCACCUAAUGUAUGUUUUUGAUUCGAUGGCAGUUUAGAUCUCCUGACUAAUAUGUUACUGCCUUGGUUUCCGUGGUGGACAAAAAUCGAAACUCUUCACAAAUGAUGUCUGUGGCGUGCUGUGAAAGCUCGUCAAGAAUGCUUUUAGCGUGGGGUUUGAUGUAUUCAGCAAAUAUGGAAUAGUACAUUGAUAAUGAGUUUUUUUCCCAGUGUGACAUUAACACACACUAAAUUCAUAAAAUUCGUGAUUCUGUGGAAAAUACCUGUGAGAACUGGAGAGUGUUGCCAGUGUUGUUUUGAUGAAAUGGAAUAGUUCCUCGGAGUGACAUCUGAUAUAAGGAGUGAACCAUACAGUUAGAACACCAAGGCUGUUUCAUGUGUGAAGAGAGUACAUUUCAUACUUCAUGACAUAACAGUUUCAAAACACAUUUCCUGAAGUGGACACAACGCCUGGUGUUUGAACACAACACCGUCGAUGACCAACCAUCAGCCACAAAUGACAUGACCGUCGGUGAUCAAAUGUAAACCACAAUUAACAUCACUUUGCAGUUCAGAGUGAAUGUUUCAGUAAACAAUAAUGAUCAAAUGUUAACCAGUAUGGACACCAAUGUACAGUGCAGGUGUGAGCCUUUAAUUCAGGACCGUCGAUGAUCAAAUGUAAACCAGCAUGGACACCAAUGUACAGUGCAGGUGUGAGCCUUUAAUUCAGGACCGUCGAUGACCAAAUGAAAACCAGCAUGGACACCAAUGUACAGUGGAGGUGUGAGGCUUGAAUUCAGCACCGUCGAUGAUCAAAUGUAAACCACAAAAGACAUCGGAGUACAAUCAGAGCGUGAGGUUUAAAUACAGCACAUUGGUGAUGAGAGGUGAACCGACAUCAGGGUAUGUGAAUAGAUAUGGUUUCCAGUCAGCAAGAACAAUUGCACUUGUCGACGUAGCAUGAACAAGGAAUGUGUUAAUCACUCGAUGGUUCAACUAAUAUCAGCAUUCUUUUCACUGCAAUGAAGUUUCUAUACAGCUGCCUUCUUCUCUCCGUCCACCUCAAUUUCGUCCUGCCUCUUCUUACGUACUACAUGACAGAGAGAUGCUCUGAGAAUCUGCUUGAGAUGGUGGACCUCCCAGUCUCAGCCGGGAGGUUGCGUCUCACGUACGAGAAUGAACGAUACCGGAAGGACAUGGUUUGCAGGAUGUCCAUCCGGGCACCUGCUGACCAUCAGCUGAUGGUCAGUUUUCUAGACAUGGAGAUCGAAGGGUUUAUGUCGGAGGGGUGUGAGUCGGAUUACUUGAUGCUCUAUGAUGGUCCAGAUGACAAGAGUCCUUCCAUGGAUAACCACAAAUAUGUCGAGCAAUAUACUCAAACGCCCCAAACAAAUAGACUAUGUGGAUCUCUCACUCCUCGGGCGACGUUUGUCACCACCGGCGAUGUCGUCACGUUAGUGUUCAACAGCGACAUGACGGUCCAAUACCGAGGAUUUGACCUCAUCUUCACUGCAUUCCAUACUGGCGAAUGUGAGACGGCCGAGUUCAGAUGUAACAACAAACGUUGCAUCAACGCCAGUCUCCAUUGUGACGACUACAACAACUGUGGCGACCACAGCGACUGGUGCGGCCCCAGCACCAUCCUCAUGUACUUCAUCAUCUUCAUCUGUGUCGCAGUAUUCAUCCUUCUCCUUACGUCAGUCAUCAGAUGUGCAUGGCAAGAAAAAGCGCGCAAGUUUCCAAAGAGCAGUUCAUCGGGGACUGACAAUGACCUCAUUACGACCAGUACGGGCAUGCGCUUCUCAGGACGGGGGUCAUCAAGCAGUUUGAAUUUGUCGUCAGAGCCUCUUGCACAGCAGGAACCUCUCCUGAAUGAAAGUCAAAGUAGUGUUUGACCCACACGGACCUGUUCUUUGUUGGGAAGGUUAAUAUGCAAUGCAGUGUGGACAUCAUGCGGCGAGUGGCUCGAGAGGAACUAUCAAGACCCAUCUCGACUACACUUUUGAUGGCACGACGUUUUGGGUGUAGCUUUCAUUGCGUGCAGAAAAGACAUGGUGUCUGAAAUAUCCACAACAAUGACCUUUAUUAUUUACAUCUAAUACUUACUGUUUAAUCAUUUUCGAGAUACACAUUAUCCCUCUCGUGCCGUGAAGCACCUCUUUUGAAUAAUCUACGUUGAUUGGCUGAUGGGAAAGUUCACUUUCUGCGACCCCCUAUAAAGAGGUUGUUAGGUCUUCAGGCAGAGAACAAUCUUGGAAGAAGAUGUGACUUAAAUGAGAUUGUAUCAGGACAAAUCAUGAAUAUCAGAAACUAUACAUGUGUCAAGUCACUUGCUUGCCGUUUGUUCGAGUGACUUCUAUGUCCAUUUAGGGGGGCAGAAAAGUUCACUCCGUCACAUGAAACAAGGUAAAAACCACAGUUUUCCCGUCGUGAAAGAUCCUUCCGCAGGUUCACUUAGGUUAACCUUGUUACGACUUUUUUUGUGUAACGAUGUUGUUCUUUACAUUUCAAACCAGAUUAAUCGACCUUGGUUAAAGUGGAAACCAGGAAUCUAUAGGGAGUCCGGAUUAUAUUCGGAACAUGGUUGCAUUUUUUGGAGGUUCCUGGUCAUGUUGGUAUAUGUAAGUCUGGAUCCCCGUGAGUUUCGUGUGAACGAACAUGUGUGAACGUGUGUGAACACGAGCGAACAACUCUGGGUUGUUAUGGAAGAAUUGUGUGUUUCAAGUCAAUUUUGUGUGAGAUGGUCAAAGAAGCAGGUUUCGUUAUAUAUUGACUGAGUAGUGCUGUCAUCUGGAAUGACAACGUGAUACAUAACGCAUGACUUAAUGGGGCACAUCUUUGGUGUGACAGAUCAAUCAAAGAACGAAAUUUGGAUGUUUUUGUUUUAGGUGGAGCAUGCUAUUCUUAAAGUGGAGGUGCUGAAUAUACACGUCCAGAACAAUCCCUCUGUUUGGCAUUUGUACAACCUACAGAUAUCAACACCUCAAAUCAAAAUAUAUUCUACAAAAAUGACAAAUAUUCAGUGUCUGUGUGCUCGACGUGUUGUACGGACAGAGAACAAUAACUGUGAAACCAAAAAAGGAAUGGGUGAAAUUGUUUCAAAUAUAUUUUCAUUGAGUAUUAGAAUCUUUGCUCCAUGCAGAUUGGCAGAUUCGAUCCAUUUCUUCCGUUGUUUUCGCUGGUUGCGAAGAAAUCAAAGUCAAUAGCAACGUGACGUCAUAUGCUGCAAAGAAUUGAAAUUGAUUGACUGCGUUGAUGUAUGCUUGUAAAUGUUUCAGAAACAAAGACUCGGGUAAUAAACAGAACAGACUCGCAACUCGGGAUUACCGAUCAUCUGCCCAUACCCAGGGCUGGGGAUUCCCCCGAUUAAGUCACUUGGCGGCAGAUGUCCGCUUUAUUCUAAUGCCAUGCCACAUGCUGGAGAAUCCACUGUACAUUCCACUGCGAGGGACCACUGAUGAUAGAAAGAACGUCAUACCGUUAUAUGCACAAUGUAUACAAUGUACACAUAUACAAGGAACUGACGUUAGUUCAAGCCAUCAUAUAGAAAGAACAUUGUACAUACGGCACUUACACGUAUAACUUCUUUGAGUGGCAUUUAGAAGUUGCAGUGAUGAAGUAAGACGAGUUCUAUGGAUGAACA